CCAUCCAGCAGCACUCACUCCUCUACAGAGUGCACGAGCGCGCUUGCUCGCUUGUUGCUAGGAAACGGUUUUAACUCAACACACAGUUAGGAGAUACACAUCAGCUGGAGCCACACGGCCAUUUCACAUAAACUAACACGACAGCUCUUCGACAUAACUGUCACACCAAAAUAAAGUGCAAUAACAAUCUAAUUAGGCUCAGAGUAAUUCAUAAUAACCCCGUGUUUGAACUUGGACAUAACCGGAUAUUGCAGCAUGCCUGACAUUGAAGUAAUAAAACGUCCUUCAAGGGAAGGCGGAGACAAUAUGCAAGAUCGAGGGGAACUGCAGAGAACAUUCUCCAGCCAAACAUCUGCACUAGCAAACACUCCAUCACCAUGUGUGGGGAAAGCAAUGUGCAACAUCCAGGAACUGAUGGACAAACUGGACCACUGGUCCCAACAGGCAGCUACUCAACAGCACGAUAUUUCCGGAGGAAAAAACAAAAACAGCGGCUCAAGGUUUGAUUCGCCGCAUUUGAACACUCACACUGAGCUGUGUAUUGAAGGCGUGGGGCUUUGCUAUGAAAACGAAACGUUGUGUCCCUUCUGGAAGGGGACAGGUGGUGUUCUGCUGGAGGUGGUGUCACUUAUCAAGCGCCUGGAGUCAGAUCGGCAAGAGGCCAAGGAGGCACUGCGAGAGGAACGGCAUAAAGCACAGCGCCUGAGAAGAAAACAGGACAGUCUCUCUCUCUGGAAACAACAACAGUUUCCUGUAGCGGUGCAGCUAGAAUAUGAAGCCUGCACCCGAGACAUCGCAGAGCUGAGGUGGCACCUCAAAGUAAAAAACGACCAAACGCAGCAAGUCAGAAACUUCCUGAAGCGGGCCGAGACACAGAACCAUCAGCUGCUGGAGAAUAUUGACUUUGUAAAGAAACAGGGGCCACUUGUGAAGGAGAAAUUGCGCUUGGAAGACGAAAACACGAAGCAGAUAGCGUCAGCUCGAACCGAGGCUCAGGAGAUGCUCACGAAGCUGACCCAAGAGCUGAGAAAUUCCCAACAGGAGUUGGACAAUGAUGAACUGCAGAUGAAUAAGGAAAGAGGCGCCAUGACACAGAUGCUGAAAGCCAUCCGCACUGAGCUACAAGAGCGAAUCACGGAGCUCCAGCAGCUGAAGUCGUCCUGGGAUGCUUCUUGUGCCAGAAUCCGUGAGACUGAGGAGAAGGUGGCAUUUAAAGAGAAGCAGGUUGAUGCCAUGCUCCAGCAGAUCCCAGUGCUGGAAAGACAAGAGACUGAAUUGAGCGACGCUGUUAUGGAGCUAAAAGCACAGUUACAAUGUCAGGAAAGAAAACUGGCAGAAAAGCAAGACGACUUUACAAACUUUCUCAAGCAGCUCCAAGCAACCAGGCAUGAAGGAGAAGCAAAUGUCUGCGAGUCGGAGGAGAUCUUCAGCAGGAAGCGUCAGGAGCUCCUGCGUCUGCGUGAUAAAAAUAAAGAACAUGACAUGGAAUGCGAGGACUACAAUAAGAAGAUCCGUCAAAGCAAGCAGACAGUGCAGCAGCUGCAGAAGGACCAAAAGAGGAUACUGGGGAAGAUCAGUCAAAAUGAGGAACAGAGGGAUCAGGCCAAGGGUGAGCUGGCACUGCACACUGCCCACCACACAAACACCAAGGCUCGGCUGGAGGACCUGAAGCAGCAGACACUCGAGCAAGAGCAGAGCAUGAGGAAAGACACAGAAAUGUUGAAGAUGGAGCUGAUGAGUGAGAUGAAGCUGGUAGCAGUCCUCAAGGGUAACAUCGCCUCACUUACGAUGGAGUAUAACAUGACAGAAGCCGACUGUGCGAGAGAGAAAGAGCAGGUAGAGAAAGAACACGAAGAGGCCUUGUCUUCAGUCACCCAGCUGGAGACAGAGAUGGUUACACUGAGAGAAAUACACACAGCCAAAUGUAAAAAAAUUGAGGACUUGAAAAGGACAUUGACUGAUGUCUUGACUGAACACAAAACCCUGUCUGAUGAUCUUGACCAGCAGAAGCGUGCGUGCCUCGACCAUCUGCAUUCAGCUAAAGAAGCCCACGAGACAGUCUCAGUGAGACGUGAACAGGUUUCCAGAAGGAUCGAGGAGCUCAGGCUAAAGUGUGAGGAAUACAGAAAGGAAUCAGCAGAAAUGGGGGACAUGGUUAGCGCCAUGCCGCAAGUCCUGGAAGAACUACAGAAUGAAUCGGACAUGACGGAGUAUAAGCACAACCUGAUCAGCACUGUGAUGUCCAGCCUGCAGAAUGACAUGGUGGCCAGCAGAAACCGGACAGCCCUUUCGAAGGAGGCUCACUCGUCCUUCCUUUCCCAACGGCAGGCUGUGAUGCAAGAUCUAAAGGCUAAUUUGAGGAAAGCUCUAAAAGAGAACGUGGCGUUGGCGCAGGAAUACGGGGAGCUGCAGAAAGCUGUGAUGGUUGCCAAGCGAGAAGCAGCGCUCACGUUGAGCGGGAAAAACAGAGCCGAGGCCUCUCUUCACAAUCACACACAGCUUUCAUUGUUGCAGAGGAGGAUGCACAAAGCCAUGCUGAAAUACUUCAAACACCGCAGCGUCUACAGCCAAGCAGAGCUGGCCCGCUUCCAGGCCCUCUCCAACCAGAACAAGCAGAAAAUGAAAGCCCUCCAGGAGGACUUGUCCGGCGCGAUCCGGCGCGUCUCGGCCUUCCUGACCGACGCUGGCCACGACGCCGAGGCGGACAAACAGAGGCGCGUGGACUCAGGCGGACUUAACCGGCCGAAGCCUACGGUGCAGAUAGCAGAGUAAUUGGACGCUCACCUUUGCGCCAGACAACUCACUUAUAACCCUCUCCAAGCGUGCUUCACUCUCUCCACCCUCUCUGCUCCUCACAGCCCAAUCCAUAACAAUGAAACAGGUGACUUUCAUGCUGCUGUCAGGAAUGAUCUAAUUUUAGCUGGGUGAAUGAUUGCAAUUGGCUUUGCCUCAUCAGAUAAUUAAUCUAUGUCACCAUUAAUUGGAAAAGAGAAUAAUUACAGGGCUGUGUUGACAGAAAUUCUACGCUUCUCCACAUUCCCGGAUCUAAUUACACCUACUAAAACCCUCCUGACCUUAUCCCGUGGUUAGUAUACCCGCGGAGUCUUAACCGGCACAUGGCCGAAGUAUACAGUACGCUUCCUCCCUCACCCUGGAUCUCUCUCUCUCUCUCUCUCUCUCUCUCUCACUCACUCACUUUUUUUGUUGUUUAUUCCCCCCUUUUUUUCUCCCCCUCGUCGUCUUCUUUCCGCCCGCAGAACUGUCUCUCUCAAUCACUUUUCAAUAUUCAAUCUUAAUUUUGUGGAAGUUUAGCAUUUUCAAUGAGCUGGAGAUGAAUGAUUAAUGAAUAAAUUUAAAUGCUUCAUUUUGUCCAUGGAUCAUUAGUCAAGUCCUUUGUGGGAAGGACCUGCAAAAAAAAAAAAAAAAAAAAAAAAGAGUGAAAAUUAUUGAGACAUUAGCCUGAAGCAAUCCAGGGGUAAAUAGUAUGCACAGAAGGAUGUUGUGUGAGCACUACCCACUGGCGUUCCUCCGAACCCCAUGAAAACACUCGUGUUCCUAUUUUCUCUCAUCACAUGACUAAUGUGCGCCAGUGACAAACUCAUUUGGGUUUUCUUCUUCCUUCGUUUCUGAGGUGGAAAACUCCUCGUUCAUUCACUUCUGUGUUUUUUUUAAACAGGGGAGUUAUAUUUUUAUUGAUAAACAGUAUGUGUGAAAAUAAUGUGGAUUAUUACAGCAGUUUGGAGUUUUCUGGAGCAGAAGAAAAUAAGUUCGCUAAUAGAACGAGAUUCAAAAAUGUAAGGAAUAAAACCCUCAGCAUUCUGGAAAGUGGAAAAAUCGGCCUCAUGUGGUGCUGAGUUGCACCGUGAACACCUAGAGCUGAUUAUUUUCCCUGUUUCAGCAGGUUUUCUUUUCCUUUAACAUCACAGCAAUUACAAGAAUUACAUUUUUAUAGUUACAUUUAAGGUUCAGAACAGACAUAACCAUCCUCUCUCUCUCUCUCUCUCUCUAUUUUUAAUUGACUUUCCUUGUUAAAAUUACCGACCACUGACACUGGAGACUCCUUCCACAUACAUGGCAACUAUUCACAUAUCCGUCACGCUAACAUUACAACAGAUCUACAGGAAAGUUACUAAUCUUCUAACCAAUCAGAAGCGAGAAUUCAAACUGCACCCCCCACCACCACUACACCCCCAGCGCUGUAAUAUCAGUUCGAACCCACGAGCCCGAACAGCCGAACCGACUUCCUGAUUCCUGACAGCCGUAUAUGAAGCUACACGCUCGCACGCGCAACGCUCUGUUGCUCCGCAGCCUGUCAGAACGCGUUCAUCCGGAUUCCAUCUAACGCAAGGCUCUCGGAUAUCUCACUCCGGAGAGCUGUUAAUGAAACAAUCAAGCCAAAAGUAUAGGCCACUGAUGAGGAACACAACACACAGAUACACAGAUACGCGUUGUGUCUGUGGUACGUGCAACAAUUUGCUGACAGGAUCUCAGGAGAAUGUUCGUUCCAUAACACAACGUGUUUCAGUUCUCUGUGCUCUCUCUCUCUCUCUCUCUUUUGGACGCCAUGGUCACGUUUUGAAGGAUGAAGUGUCUCUCUGCUAUCUCUUCCAGUUUGGGCAGCCAUAUUUUAAAUUAGUAGACUUCCCAAACACAUUCAUCUGCGCCCUCUAUCCUGCUAAUCAAUCCUGCGAAAUAAAUGGCACCCAACCUGGAACGCCAUAGUGUCAUUAAUUUCUCUGGAAACAUGCAUCAAAUCCAUCCGUCGGCGUUCCGCACCGCUCUGACGUUCACAGACACACGUUUAUGCACAUGGUGGCGCUUUAUGAAAAGCAUCUUUUGUAGUCGUCUAGCAUCGUAUACCGUACAUAAGGAGUGGAGCGACAAGAAAUACGCACAUCCGUGAUACUCCAGUUCUGUGCAGAACCGAGGUCCCGCCCAUUUCCAUGAUACCAGGAGCUCGGGAAGUGCUUUCGGAUACAGUUAGCAAAGUGACACCAGAAGUCAGAAGUAAUGGCCUUUUUAAGAGAUAUCAUAUUUAGCGAACACCUUUUAGUGCCUCCGUGGAUUAAUGCCCCUGUUUACACCUGUGAAUCUGAUAUUGAUACAGUGACAACGGCUCGAGCCGUGUGAAUGAUGCUGAUGAGUUUGCGUAUUCAUUUAAGGGUCUGUGUUCACGAGGAGGAGGAGGA